AGAGAGAAACGAAGCCAGCCCUGAAACAGCAAACAAACCGAGAGGGCGACGGAAAGAAAGGAGCCCAGAGAGGCUGAUGGAGGGAGAGGCGCGCGCACGGAGGACAUGUGAGGAAUAAACGUUCAGCCUUUCUUUCCGCUUUUCUUUUUGUCGGUUGGAUUGUAUUGAACCGGAUUCCGGGAUGAACCCUGCAGAAGCGGCCGAGGAGGCGCCCAGCGACCCCGACACUGAUGCCUUCUACAAAACAGGGUCCUUCAGGACUGAGGGCAUAAAGGCGUCUGAUGUCCUGCCUGUGUUAAAGGAGAAAGUCGCCUUCGUGUCGGGUGGGCGAGAUAAAAGAGGAGGACCAAUCCUGACGUUUCCUGCCCGAAGCAACCAUGACCGAAUAAAACAGGAGGACCUGAGGAGGCUGGUCACCUACCUGUCCACUGUGCCCAGUGAGGAUGUUUGCAAACGUGGGUUCACCGUCAUCAUCGACAUGCGCGGCUCGAAGUGGGAGCUGAUCAAGCCUCUGCUGAAGACGCUGCAGGAGUAUUUCCCAGCUGAGAUCUGUGUGGCGCUCAUCAUCAAACCAGACAACUUCUGGCAGAAACAGAAGACCAACUUUGGUAGUGCAAAGUUCUCAUUUGAGACCAGCAUGGUGUCAGUUGAAGGUCUGGCCAAACUGGUGGAUCCCUCCCAGCUGACGGAUGACUUUGAAGGCUCUCUGGACUACAACCACGAGGAGUGGAUGGAGCUGAGAGUGUCUCUGGAGGAGUUCAUGUCCAACGCAGUUCACCUGCUGUCCAGACUGGAGGACCUGCAGGAGCUGCUCUCCAAGAAGGAGUUUCCUGCAGACGUGGAAGGAUCUCGUCGGUUAAUAGAGGAGCACACACAGCUGAAGAAAAAGGUGCUCAAGGCUCCGGUGGAGGAGCUGGACCGGGAGGGCCAGAGGUUGCUUCAGUGCAUCCGAUCUAGUGACGGAUUUUCAGGAAGGAACUGCAUCUCAGGUUCUGCUGACUUUCAGAGCCUCGUACCAAAGGUGGCCAGUCUGCUGGAUAAGCUCCACUCCACCAGGCAGCAUCUCCAUCAGAUGUGGCACGUCAGGAAGCUGAAACUGGACCAGUGUUUCCAGCUGCGCCUCUUUGAGCAGGACGCCGAGAAGAUGUUCGACUGGAUCAGCCAUAACAAGGAGGUGUUCCUGCAGAGCCACACCGAGAUCGGACGAAGUUACCAACACGCCGUGGAGCUGCAGACUCAACACAACCACUUCGCCAUGAACUCCAUGAACGCCUACGUCAACAUCAACAGGAUCAUGUCGGUAGCGAGCCGCCUGGCCGAGGCCAGCCACUACGCCUCCACGCAGAUCAAACAGAUCUCCGGCCAGUUGGAUCAGGACUGGAAAAGUUUUGCUGCUGCGCUGGACGAACGCUCCACCAUCCUCGCCAUGUCGUCUGUUUUCCACCAGAAGGCUGAACAGUUCCUGUCGGAGGUGGAGACCUGGUGUAAAGUCUGCAGUGAGGGAGGUUUGCCGUCUGAGAUGCAGGAGCUGGAGAUCGCCAUCCACCGCCACCAGAGCCUGUAUGAGCAGGUGACCCAGGCCUACACCGAGGUGAGCCAGGACGGUAAAGCCUUGUUGGAUGUCCUCCAGAGGCCUCUGAGUCCCGGCAACGCGGACUCUCUGACUGCAACCGCGAACUACUCCAAAGCGGUCCACUGCAUCCUGGAUGUGGUCCACGAGGUGCUCCAUCAUCAGCGGCGUCUAGAGAGCAUCUGGCAGCAUCGAAAGGUCCGACUGCACCAGAGGCUGCAGCUGUGCGUCUUCCAGCAAGACGUCCAGCAGGUGCUGGACUGGAUAGAAAACCACGGCGAGGCUUUCCUCAGCAAACACACCGGCGUGGGGAAGUCUCUGCACAGAGCGCGAGCCCUGCAGAAGAGACACGAUGACUUUGAGGACGUAGCCCAGAACACAUACACCAACGCAGACAAGCUGCUGGAGGCUGCAGAGCAGCUGGCACAAACAGGGGAAUGCGACCCAGAGGAAAUCUACAAAGCCGCCCGACACCUGGAAGUCAGGAUUCAGGACUUUGUGCGACGAGUUGAACACAGGAAGUUGCUGCUCGACAUAUCGGUCUCCUUCCACACACACACCAAAGAGCUGUGGUCGUGGAUGGAGGAGCUGCAGAAGCAGCUGCUGGACGAUGUGUGCUGCGACUCGGUGGACUCGGCCCAGACUCUGAUCCAACAGUUUCAGCAGCAGCAGACGGCCACGCUGGAGGCUACGCUCAAUGUGAUCAAAGAGGGGGAGGAAUUAAUGCAGCAGCUCAGGGAUGCAGCCAUGUCGACCAAUAAGACGCCACACUGCAGUUCCAUCGCUCACAUCCAGGGGGUGCUACAGCAGCUGGAUGAGGCCCAGGGACAAAUGGAGGAGCUGUUCCAUGAACGCAAAAUCAAGCUGGACAUUUUUCUUCAGCUGCGCAUCUUUGAGCAGUACACCAUCGAGGUAACGGCGGAGCUGGACUCCUGGAACGAGGAUCUGUCUCGCCAGCUGAGCGACGCCAGCCGGUCCGGCGGUAGCAGCGGCAGCAGCAGCGGGGGCAGCAGCGCCUCCUCUGGCAGCUCCGAGGACAUCAGCCUGGCUGAACAGCGGCUGAAACGACACGCAGAGAGGAAGGCGGCCAUGAACAACAUGACCUACGAAGUGAUGCAGCAGGGACAGGACCUGCACCAGUACAUCAUGGAGGUCCAGGCUUCAGGCAUUGAGCUGACCGGGGAGAAGGACAUGGACCUGGCCUCGCAGGUCCAGGAGUUGCUGGAGUUCCUGCACGAGAAGCAGCAGGAAGUGGACCUCAGCGCGCAGCACACGCACACACGGCUGGAGCAGAACCUGCAGCUGCGCCACCUACAGGCCGAGGUUAAACAGGUGUUGGGUUGGAUCCGGAACGGGGAGUCCAUGUUGAACGCCAGCAUGGUGAACGCCAGCUCUCUGUCCGAGGCCGAGCAGCUGCAGAGGGAGCAUGAGCAGUUCCAGAUGGCCAUAGAGUCGCUCUUCCAUGCCAACUCUCUCCAGAAAACUCAUCAGAGUGCUCUGCAGGUCCAGCAGAAGGCUGAGAUGAUGCUGCAGGCCGGUCACUACGAUCCGGAGGCGAUCCGGAGCUGUGCCGAGAAGGUGGCCGUUCACUGGCAGCAGCUGAUGCUGAAGAUGGAGGACCGCCUGAAGCUGGUCAACGCCUCUGUGGCCUUCUACAAGACGUCAGAGCAGGUGUGCAGCGUGUUGGAGAGCCUGGAGCAGGAAUAUCGUCGAGAUGAGGACUGGUGUGGGAGUCAUGAUAAACUGGGAAGUUCGGCCGACAGCGACCACCUGCUGCCUCUGAUCAGCAAACACCUGGAGCAGAAAGAGGCCUUCCUGAAGGCGUGCACGCUGGCUCGGAGGAACGCUGAGGUGUUUCUGAAGUACAUUCACAGGAACAACGUGAGCACGCCUGGAGCCGCCGGCCACGCCAGAGGACCGGAGCAGCAGGUUAAAGCCAUCCUGAACGAGCUGCUGCAGAGAGAGAACCGAGUGCUUCACUUCUGGACGCUAAAGAAACGAAGGCUGGACCAGUGUCAGCAGUACCUGGUCUUUGAACGCAGCACCAAACAGGCUUUAGAUUGGAUCCAGGAGACAGGUGAGGUUUACCUGGCCACGCAUACCUCACCUGGAGAGAGCAGUGAAGAAACUCAGCAGCUUCUCAAUGACUACCAUCACUUCAGACUCUCUGCUAAGCAAACCAAGGAGAAGGUCAAGCUGCUGAUCCAGCUAGCAGACAACCUGGUGGAGAAAGGCCACGCCCACGUGUCGGAGCUGAAGCGCUGGGUCAGCACGGUGGACCGCCGCUAUCGUGACUUCUCGCUUCGCAUGGCCAAAUAUCAGGAGAGCCUGGAGAGGAGCCUGGGCGUCAGCUCUGAGGACAACAAAGACUUGGAGUUGGACAUCAUCCCCGCCAGCCUGACGGACGACCCCGAGGUCAAACUUCGAGACCCCAACCCCGAGAUCAACGAGGAGAAGAGGAAGUCUGCCAGGAAGAAGGAGUUCAUCAUGGCAGAGCUGCUGCAGACGGAGAAGACAUACGUCAGGGACCUGCAGGAGUGUCUGGAGACCUACCUGUGGGAGAUGACCAACGGCGUGGAGGAGAUCCCAUCAGGCAUCGCCAACAAGGAGCAAACCAUUUUUGGAAACAUGCAGGACAUUUACGACUUCCACAACAAUAUUUUCCUAAAGGAGCUGGUGAACUACGAGCAGCUUCCGGAGGAUGUGGGUCACUGCUUUGUCACCUGGGCUGAUAAGUUUCACAUAUAUGUGGAUUACUGCAAGAACAAACCGGACUCCAGUCAGCUCAUCCUGGAGAAUGCCGGCACCUUCUUUGACGACAUCCAGCAGAAACGUGGGCUGGCAAACUCCAUCAACUCCUACCUCAUCAAACCAGUCCAGAGGAUCACAAAGUACCAGCUCCUGCUGAAGGAGCUGCUGUCCUGCUGUGAGGAGGGUAAAGGAGAGAUUAAAGAUGGUCUGGAGGUGAUGCUCAGUGUCCCGAAGAGAGCGAACGAUGCAAUGCACCUGGCCAUGUUGGAGGGCUUUGAGGAGAACCUGGAGGUCCAGGGAGAACUCAUCCUGCAGGACAGUUUCCAGGUUUGGGACCCGCGCUCGCUGAUUCGAAAAGGGCGGGACCGACAUCUCUUCCUGUUUGAGUUCUCACUGGUCUUCAGCAAAGAGAUCAAAGACUCGGCUGGAAGAACAAAGUACCAGUACAAGAACAGACUACUGACAUCAGAGUUGGGGGUGACGGAGCACAUUGAGGGCGACCCGUGUAAAUUUGCUCUGUGGGCGGGAAGAACGCCCUCCUCUGAUAACAAGACUGUGCUGAAGGCUCCCAGCAUGGAGGCCAAACAGGAGUGGAUCAAGAACAUCAGGGAGGUGAUCCAGGAGCGAAUGACUCACCUGAAGGGGGCGCUGAAGGAACCUCUCCAUCUGCCCAAAACACCAGCACUGACCAAACCCAGGAAUCACACCAAGAGGGAGGGGGCUGAAGACGGAGACAGUCAGGGAGACGGCAGCAGCCAACCGGACACCAUCUCCAUCGCCUCCAGGACGUCCCAGAACACCGUAGACAGCGACAAGCUGUCUGGUGGAUGUGAGCUGACGGUCGUCCUGCAGGACUUCACCGCCGGAUGCAGCACAGAGUUAUCCGUCAGCACAGGUCAGACGGUGGAGCUGCUGGAGCGACCCAGUGAGCGGCCUGGCUGGUGUUUGGUCAGAACCACUGACCGCAGUCCGCUACAGGAAGGUCUGGUUCCCAGCUCGGUGCUCUGUGUGUCGCAUUCACGGUCCAGUGUGGAGAUGGACUGCUUCUUCAGCUCAGGGAAAGAGAACUACCACGUCAGCAGCUCUGAUGGGAAGACAGAGUCGGUGGCGAACCUGCAGCCUCAGCCGUCCCUCAACUCGCUGCAGUCCAGCUCUCCGGGUCCCAAACGUUCUGGAAACACUCUGAGAAAAUGGCUGACCAGUCCAGUCCGCCGCCUCAGCCACGGCAGCUCCGUCAAGAAGCUCCCCAACAACAAGCCAAAGAAGACGGGUACAGGAUCUGGAAGAGAGGAGGUCAGGAAGAGCAAUGAGCAGGGUCAUCUGGACCAGGAUGACAUCAUUGAUGAGAGAGUCCUCAGUAAGGACAGGAACCCGCUGUCCAAGACGUCCUCCGGGAUGCAGAGCGGUGGCGAGGAGGAGCAGGAGGAUGAAGCUCACCCUCCUCUUCCUCCACCCAUGGAGAUCAUCAAGGACCCCUCAGUUCAGGAAGACAAGUCUUCGUCCUUGCUAACGUCUCUGCAGUCCUCCUCUGAGGUGCCCAGCGCUGCCGAGCUGGUUAGCGCCAUAGAGAAACUGGUUAAAACCAAGAUGACUGUAGAACCAGGAGCAUACCCGGGCUUUCCCUCGCGGUCUCCACCAGAACAAACCACUCCAGUCCAGCCAAGGAACCCUGAACUGGAGCAGAGAGCCAAAGCUAUGAGAGGACGGAUGUUUGUUCUGAACGAGCUGAUUCAGACAGAGAAGGACUAUGUCAAAGACCUGGGCAUCGUGGUGGAGGGCUUCAUGAAGCAAAUCGAGGAGAAGGGCGUUCCAGAUGAAAUGAAAGGAAAAGAUAAAAUCGUGUUCGGGAACAUCCAUCAGAUCUACGACUGGCACAGGGACUUCUUUGUAGGAGAGCUGGAGAAAUGUCUGGACGACCAUGAACACCUUCCCGAGCUCUUCAUCAGACACGAGAGGAGGCUGCACAUGUACGUGGUUUACUGUCAGAAUAAACCCAAGUCGGAGUACAUCGUAGCAGAACACGACACAUACUUUAACGGAAUCCAGGCAGACAUUCAGUCCAGACUGACUCUCAGUGACUUUCUAAUCAAACCGAUCCAGAGAAUCACCAAAUACCAGCUCCUGCUGAAGGAUUUCCUGAAGUACAGCACCAAGGCAGGAAUGGACUGUGAACAAAUUGAGAGAGCUGUGGGUUUGAUGUCUCAGGUCCCCAAAUUAUGCAACGACAUGAUGAAUCUGGGUCGGCUGCAGGGAUACGAGGGGAAACUGACCAAUCAGGGCAAACUGCUGCAGCAGGAAACUUUCUUUGUGACGGAGCAAGACACCAGCGUCCUGUCUCGCUCCAAAGAGCGCAGAGUCUUCCUCUUCGAGCAGAUUGUCAUCUUCAGCGAGCUGCUGAGGAAAGGCUCGUCCACACCUGGUUACCAGUUCAAGAAGAGCAUCAAGGUAUCUUGUUUGGGCCUGGAGGAAAGCAUCGACAACGACCCCUGUAAGUUUGUCUUGUCAUGUCGUGGCUCAUCGGAGCGUCUCACGCUGCAAGCCGCCAAUGUCGACAUCAAGCAGGUGUGGGUCCGACACAUUCAGGAAGUCCUGGACGCUCAGAGCAACUUCCUGUGUGCUCUGCAGAGUCCCAUUGAGUACCAGAAGGACAAGAGCGGAGGAAGCGGCGGCUCCUCGCUGACCAGAAACCGCUCAUUGUCGGGGAAUCGGCCCGCCGUGUCCUCUAAGAGCCGGCCGUCCUCAGACGUCGGCCUCGGGGACAAAGAUCUGGAGAGGAGCAGAAGUCAGAUGAAGGUGUCUCAAUCAAACGGCGGCUCGUCGUGUUUGGAGUCCAGGGACGGAGACGGUGGCUGUAAUGGCGUCUCCUCCACCAUGCGGGUCACUCAGGACUACUCGGCGCUCAAAGAGAACGAGAUCUCCGUCAGCCAGGGGGAGACGGUCCAGAUCCUGGCCACCAAUCAGCAGAACAUGUACCUGGUUUACCGGCCGGCUGACAGCCAAUCACCCGCCGCUGAGGGCUGGGUCCCGGGACACGUCUUAGGCCCGCCCAUAAAAGACUCUUCCUCAACCACGUCCUUCCCAGCAGCUGUGGCAGACGCCAACAACAUCAAGAAGUCUCUGUCAUGGAACACACUGCGUGCCAGGAAACGCGCCGAAGCUAGGGACUUCUCGCUGGGGGUCAGAGGUCAGGAGAACGGCCUCCUCCGUAAGCCCAAAGAUGCCAACCCUGCCCCUCCCCCACUCGCCUCACCCGCUCCCGGGCCGAAGGCUAAAGAGCUCCACACCUCGGAUGAGUCGGAUUGUGACGAUGAGCUGGACCCGAAGACGGGGAUGGAGCUUCUCAACCCGAACUUCAUCCAGGAAGUCGCUCCAGAGUUCCUGGUCCCGCUAUCGGAUGUGGUGUGUGCGUUCGGAGAGACCGUCGUCCUCUGCUGUAAAGUCUGUGGACGACCAAAACCCUCAGUGACCCUAAAGGGCCCCGACCAGACCCCAGUGACCAGCAGCAGCCGCUUUACCAUCGACAUCAGGGACACCGGCGACAUCCUGUUAAAGAUCUGUAACCUGAUGCCUCAGGAUACAGGCAUCUACACCUGCGUUGCCGUUAACGACCAUGGCUCUGCUUCCUCCUCGGCUUCCAUCAAAGUUCAAGGCAUCCCAGCAGCCCCGGGCAGGCCGGUGGCUCAGGAAGCGAGCAGCAUGGCGGUGAUGGUCCACUGGCCACCCUCAGCUUCAUCUGCUCACUGCGCCGUCAGCAGCUACACAGUGGAGUACCGACAGGAAGACUCGUUGCUGUGGCAACAGGUGGCCACCAGCAGGGAGGAGUGUGUUCAGAUCGACACUCUGAUUCCUGGAGGCCACUAUCAGUUCCGGGUCCGAGCUUCCAACCGCUGGGGGGUCGGCCCGCCAUCUGAGCCCUCCAAUAUGGUCACACUGUCCAGCAGUAACUCUGGGUACGACGGAGCCAGCGUCCAGUGGAAAGACAGCUUUGACUCCACCUUCACGGAGAUCUGUGAGAUCGGAAGGGGACGCUUUUCAGUGGUGAGAAAAUGUCUCAACAAGUCCACAAAGAAAGAGGUUGCCGUGAAGUUUGUGAGUAAGAAGAUGCAGAAGAAGGAGCAGGUGGCUCACGAGGCCGACAUCCUCCGACAUGCGCAGAAUCACCAGCUGGUGGCGCUGCUGGACACGUACGAGUCCCCCGCCUCCCUGAUGCUGGUCCUGGAGCUGCUGGAAGACGGACGUCUGCUCGACUAUCUGGUCGCCCACGAUGAGCUGAUGGAGGAGAAGGUGGCGUUCUUCAUCAGAGAAACGCUGGAGGCUCUGCAGCACCUUCAUACCUGCAGGGUGGCACAUCUGGACCUCAAGCCAGAGAACAUCAUGCUGGACCUCCGAGCUCCAACUCCCGCUGUGAAGCUCAUCGACCUCGGCGACGCCGUCCAGCUCUCCGCCCAACGCCGCUACGUCCAUCUCUUGCUGGGCAGCCCUGAGUUUGCUGCGCCCGAGCUCAUCAAGGGGUCUCCAGUGUCGGUGGCGACGGACGUGUGGAGCGUGGGCGUGCUGGCCUACGUCAUGCUCAGCGGCGUUUCCCCGUUUCUGGAUGAAUCUCCGGAGGAAACCUGCGUCAACAUCUGUCGCCUGGACUUCUGCUUCCCAGACGAAUUCUUCCGGGAUGUGAGCCAGGCUGCCCGGGAUUUUGUGUCUUCGGUGCUGCAGCAGGAUCCCAGGAAAAGGCCGAGCGCCACUUCCUGUCUGCAGCACCCGUGGGUGGGCCGGGGGGGCGUGCACGGCGGGGAGUACUCCAAGACGCCUCUGGACACGUCGAGGUUGGCCACGUUCAUCGACCGAAGGAGGCAGCUCCACGAUGCCCGACCUAUCACCAACAUCAAGGGGCUGGUGGGCAGCAGUAUGGGCAACACACUGUGAUGGAGCCGGGGGGGUCGGCCUGGGGGGGCGGGGGCUCCAACAAAACACUGAAACGUCUCACUGUUUAUUAAUGGGGAAAAGAGGAGUCCUUCCUGUGGUGCAACACUUAAUCUUCUGGGUUCUGCAGCAGACCUCGGUCCUGUGUUCACGGCUGCACAAUGUUUGUUUAUUUUACAGCUUUUUGUUUAUUUGUAAUGACGUCAGAACCCAAACAGCUGGAAACAUGAAUCAGCAUCAUUGAGUAACGUAACGUAACCUCAGUAUUAAGCUGGUUUAUAAAUAACUUAGCCCCAAAUUCAUCAGUCAAUCAUCAGUAUUCAAGAAAAUGUACAAAACUCCCAACCAAUCAGAUCGCAGCAGCGUGACACUGCGGUCAGGUGUCAUGAGGUCAGGAGGCCGGAAACGUUGGGACCAGUAGAGGAAGAAUCUGCAGGAAAAUAGCUUCACCUGAGCGGGACACACAGCAGUUGUUUAGCUGUUUUCUGAUCAAAAUGUUCAUGUUUAUGACUGAAGAACAGAUUUGUGGGAGAUUUCUCAUUUCUCUCAUCGUCAAAAAGAGUUUUUUUUAUUAUUAUUUUGUUGUAUAAUAAGUUUAAAUUGAAUGAAAACAGGAGAGGAAAACAGGUAAAAAAAGUAUGUUUUUGCAGUAUUUCCCUUCUCAAAUUCAGGUCAAAUUAAUUUCUCACCUGGUAAAAGAGAAAUAGAUAAAAAUAUAAAACAAAAUGUAAUUAUUUUGCAGCUGAAAGAUAAUUAAAAACUUGAUGUUUUCAUGCGUUUGUGUCCAUCGUGCACGAGAAAACGCAGCGUUUGGACGUUGAAACAGACAUUUUGGAUGAUUCUCACCGACUCAGCCUGUAACGUUUGUCUCUGGGAUGGAAAACUGUCUUUUUGGCUUGUGACUUAAGAUUGUGCACCGAUAUCUCCUUGAUUUAGCGUAGUGAGGGAAAGAAAACAGUUUAGAAAUAUCUGUGUACUUGUACUAGAUUGAUUUAAUGUAUUUAUUCUGUUCAGGCUGCAGGACACUGAGAUGGAGAGUAGAAUGAUGUCCUGUUGAAGAUCAGGAUAUCUCCUGACCUGAACUGAUAUAAACUCGGUGAACUGUGUAAAAAUAAGAGCUUUCGGGUUUGGAAAGGUAAAACAUCCUGACUAAGCCUCUGUGGUAGGAAACAUGGAAGCCUUCUGGACUUUGUGCAGGAUUCCUGAGGAUGGAAACGGCAUCACGGAAACUCUGUUUAUAACUGUUUACAAAAAACUUUGUUCCAACACGUGGGUAGUUAGUUUACAUCUCCGUAGAAUAAUCAGGGAACACCUGCAUGUAAAAUCAGGUUAGAAAGAGGCUGUUUGCAGACAGAACCUCUGACACCUUCAUGUUUGUUUGUUUACCUGCCACUGCUGUAAACAACUUGCUUGUAAAUGUGCUGCCGGACUGAA